AUGGCAAUGGACGAAGAAGUGGAUCACUCCCCAGGGGAGGUACUCUGCCCCAAGACUAUGCCUGAAGAAGUCAUCGCGCGUCCUCCCCGAGAAGCUGUUGUCCAUAUUGACUACCAACUGUUUGUUCAAGUGCGCCCCGCGCCACCACCCCCAGCCGAGGUGAUCAAUCGAAUUGUUGCCCGCAAGCCCUUCUUGGUCCGAUACUUCGGCAAUAUCAACGAGGCUAAAAAGAUUGCUUGGUAUGGGGUGAUCAAUAACAAUAUGAAAUACCACUUACCCAACGGGUUUCAGAUCCAAGGCCAACUCGACUUCCUUGGCUUUGCCACGAACGCUUAUGACGCGUAUCCCAGCAGGGUUGGGAUUCGGCUGGUGAUGCAAGAGCCGCUAAAUCAAACUCCCACAAAUGCCACGAGGAAGAGGAAGUAUAGCUUGCCAGACAUCCCAACCAUCCCAACGAAGGCAAAGGGCUCACGUUUGCCCGCCAAGCAUAAUCAAGAAGACCACUUCAAGGACAUCGAAGUCUUAGACCCCACAACCGGGCUCUAUGGUGCCGUCACCCCGCUCCGACACAUGCCUAAAGACCCGGUUUCCGCCACAUCCACCCAGAUCGACAUGGCACUUUACCUAAAAGUGGCGCAUUUGCCUGAAUCGGACGAGAUAACCCGCGCGCGAUUGCUCCUGAAUGGUAUCGUCAAAUGGACAUUUUUUCUAUUGGCAAGCAAAGCCGAACUAAGGGAAAUGGGUUUCCCAAUUGGUACCAGGAGACUCCUGACCACCGGGGUAUCCAACUUACACCGACACCUUGUUGAGAGUCAGAAGCCAGGGACUAAAAAAGAAGGGCAUCUCACUGGUGGGGAAGCAUCGACUUCAACCAACUGCGUUGCUUUGUGUAAUGUGGACAACAAUGAAGAUCUGGAGACUUACCUCUGCUUGGCACUCAUAUACAAGGACAAUCAGUUGACCCGUGCCUGA